AUGGAUGGUUUAAUUCACGCGGCAUUGGAAGCUGAGGUAAUUCUUAACCGAGCGAAACAUGUGAACUCUAACUUAUCACAAUUUAGUAGUGGUGUUUCAGACCACAAAAUGACUUGGACCCAUGAUAAGAUUCACCUUGCUGAAACUGUUGAUGAGUCUAAAAUGAAAUUUCAACGUAAUUCAUCCAGCUCUGCUUCCAAGGCAACUGAGAAGUUCGAUUUAUUUAAGAAACUUCAUGAACUUUAUAAUGAGUUAAGUAGAGAUGAGUCUUUGCAGGUGAACUAUCAAGGCUUGAAGACCACUUCAUAUCUGUUAGAAAAGUUAUUAGCAAUAUACAAUCUUAAUACAUUAAUAAUUAAUCUAUAUCCAGGCAAUAAGGGAUAUUCAUUAUCAUUAACAGUUAAUGGUAACUCUCAGUACCUUCACCCACCAGAUGGACAUACAUCAAACCAAGAAGAGACCCUUAUAGAGACCCCAAGAUGGCCAUAUGAAGAAGAGGAAUUACUAAGUUACAUUGACAAUGAGGAAUUGCCAGUUAUACUGCUAGAUCUGUUAGAGUCUGAACACUCAUGUCUUUUUUAUUCAGGAUGUAUUAUAGCACAAAUAAGAGAUUACAGACAAGCAUAUCCCAGUUUUCUCUGUGAUACUCAUCAUGUACUCUUAAGACCAACAAAUCAGAGCAUAAUAACGGAUGCAAUGUGCAUCGGUGGUCGAUGCGGUUGGGCUGGAGAGGAGCGGGGUGCGUUAGAGGCAGUUGAAGCAGCUUUGGUGCACGCUGCCGCACCCCCUCUUUGCUUAGACCCACGACCAGCUGUUGGCCUACUUGCGGCGAGACUGCAUGCAGCACCUAGACUUUUUAAUACACCCAGAAUAAGGAGGCAAGCAAAAAGAUUUUCCCAGGUGGCAGUAAACAGGAAAAGAAAAUUAGAUCAAUUUACACAUCACCAUGGCUUAGAACUUUUAGACUUAAUUCACCGCCAGAGGGCAAAAAAUAGUCGACAAUCUCUUCCACAAACGCGACUAACUUCCAAGUAUCCUAAAAAACCACCAGAGGUGUUCAAGUCAAUCGAGUCUCCCAAAAUGGAAGCCUUACCUCUAGCAGUACCGCAGGAAGUUAGCGGUUCAUUGCGGCUAGCACGGGCAUACGAGAGGCCUCGACCAACCCCUGACUGCCAACCACAACUAGUGGAAGAAUACAUCCUAGAGACUGAAAAGAGUUCACCCCAUGCAGGCGCGGGAGAUCAUGUUGAAGGGGAGAGGAAUGGUGCAGCGUGUCGCUUUACUUUAGGGUCAAGACUGCAAGCAAAUAAAUACAUACAGCAAUUUACGGAGAUAUUUACUGAAGAAGGUCGCAAGUCUGUAAGGAUAAGACAUAUCGUUCCUGGUCAGCUACCGCGGGUUUCUUUUACUGGUGGUAUGAGGGAAAUGGGCCAACAAAUUUUAUUACAACAGCGAUCCUCUACAAGCAGCGCCGCGACCGUUCAAACUCAUGCAACUUCAGCGCCUGUAGUAACCUCAGCAAUACAAGCAACUACAAAUACUCAUACAAAUGCUCGUCAACUACCAAUACUGCAGGCGCAAUUACAGCAAGUUGGUAACGUGACCGCAGUGGGCAGUGUUGCCGGUACCACGAGUAGUGUAGUGGGCAACGUGGGUACAGUCGUCGGCAACGUGAGCGCAGUUGUGGGCAAUGUCGGCAAUGUUGUGGGCAACGUGACGGCUGCGGCCGAUACGGCACUGAAGCAGCAACCUUCGCCUUCGACACCACGUCAUUCGCCUCAGGCGUCAACAAACCAGUUGCUUGCCCAGCAACUGACAAAUCCUCAGCAACCACUCAACCCUCAAAAGAUGCAAUCAGCUAUUAUCCAUAUACAGCACCCUCUUAUGUCGACCGCGGGCACGCCACAGGUUCAAAAUAUCCAAUACACAAACACAACAACGACUCAACAAAAGGCAACCGUCACAAAACCGAGGACAACGAACCCUGCCAUCACUGCGCUUGUAACUAGCCUCAUGAAUUCUGCUCAGCUGUUCCAGCAAGAAAAUGCAGCAAAAUCUGCUGUCGUCAGCACACCGAGUAGCAAUGCGACGAUCCUGAACUUACUGAACAGUGCGCCGGCCGCCAUGACUCACUCGACGACUAGCGCCGACACUAAUAUCGACGCACACAAGUUGGUGGGACGUGUGUCGAUAGCUGGCGCCAGGAUCAUUACCGCCACCACCGCAUCACACACUGUACCAACAUACACACAACAGGGUGUCGGUGUACAAGUAAUGAGUAACUACACUCGCGAAAAUGAUGCGACAAACGUGUCCAGUAGUGAGAGCGCUCUGUUGGAGAGACUGAUCGGUCCUGAGACGGCGACAGCACCCGCAUCGCAACCACAACCUGUGUGUCAUUUACAGGGUUUAAGUUUAGCAUCGCUACAAGGUCUCCAGGGACUUCAAGGCCUACAGAAUGUUCAAGUUCAAAUCCCGGGGUUGUCGGCCCCGAUUUCAUUGUCCUUGAACGUUUCUGGGGCGCCAAGCGGACUCCUGGUAUCGGUACCGCCCACUACGUCUGUAGUCCUAACCAAUCCACCCUCGGUGCUUUCUUUGCCUAUAGCGCAACUGAUGUCAGCGGGUGGCGUGAAGGGCGGGGUCCGCGGCGGCAACGUGCAGGUGGUGCGCAGCGGUCGCGCGCCGCCCCGCCCCCCGCCGCGCCCGCCGCGCCCCGCCGCGCCCGCGCCGCCCUCCGCGCCGAUACCAGCGCCGGCGCACCCCUCACCCCUGCCCACUGCCACAGGAACCAGUCAAUUUAUAAGCCAAGCUGCGGCACAGGCGAUGAACGCGCAGCAAGUGCGACGAAAAUCGAACGCUGACAGCUCCUAG